CCAGCGGCUGGCCCGGGAUGGGACGCUGCCCCUCUGAGAGCCAGCGGUGGGAUCCGUGAGUGGGAGGCUGCCGCCACACCGUGGGAGCUCUCUGCACUGGUGCUGGGAUUUUGCCACCUUCAUGCCGGAGUCGCCGAGGGGUUAGAAAACCAGGAGGACACUGAUAGUUCACACAACCUCGCCGCCCCUGAGAAGAUGAAGGCUGCUGGGGCUCUGCUCAUCUUGGGGAUCCUAUUUGGAGGCACCCUGGGUGGGCCGUGGAGCGCGUGGAUGCCGCAGACCAUUAUGGCCUUCGAGGGCACGUGCGUGGCCAUCCCGUGCCGCUUCGACUACCCAGACGAGCUGCGCCCCUCGACCGUGCACGGCAUCUGGUACUUCAACAGCCCCUACCCCCGGAACUACCCGCCCGUGGUGUACAAGUCGCGCACCAGCAUCGUUCACGAGAGCUUCCAGGGCCGCUCCCGCCUGCUGGGCGACCUCCAGGCCCGCAACUGCACCCUGCAGCUCAGCCGGCUCAGCCCCGAGCUGGCGGGGAAGUACUUCUUCCGCGGGGACCUGGGCGGCUACAACCAGUACACGUACUCGGAGCACAGCAACCUGGAGAUCGUCGACAAACCCACCAUUGUGCCCCCGGCUGUGGUGGUGGUGGGGACGGAGGCGGAGCUGCGGUGCGUGGUGCCGGAUAACUGCCCCACCAUGAAGCCCGUGGUGAGCUGGUUGAACCACGAGGCGCUGGAGGGACAGGCUGUCUUCGGCCAGCUGGAGGAGGAGAGCGGCACCUGGAGCCAGGUGUCCCUGCUGAAGUUCCAGCCCUCGCGGGAGAACGACGGACACGAGCUGGGCUGCCAGGUCACCUACCCCAACACCACCUUCCUCUUCGAGGCCUUCGCCAACCUGGACGUCAAGUACGUGCCCCGGAUCCUGCAGGUGAACUCGUCCGUGGAGGUCACGGAGGGCUCGCCCGUGGUGCUGGUGUGCGUGGCGGACAGCAACCCCAUGGCCUUGCUGGCGUGGUUCAAGGAGGAGGCCGUGCUGCGGGAGGAGCCGUCCACCAAGCUGACGCUGGAGCUGGACAACGUCACCCACGCGCAGGACGGGAUCUACACCUGCGUGGCCGAGAACGUGUACGGGCGGGUGAACCGCUCCCUGGCCCUCACCGUCAUGUACGCCCCGCGGAAGCCGUCGGUGAACUCCUCGGUGGUGGCGGUGGAGGGGGAGUCAGUGACUAUCCUGUGCACCACCGAGAGCAACCCUGAGCCCAUCAUCACCAUCUUCAAGGAGAAGCAGAUCGUGGCCACGGUGGUCUACGAGAGCGAGCUGCUGCUGGAGAUCCCCGCCGUGACCCACGAGGACGACGGGGAGUACUGGUGUGUGGCAGAGAACCAGUACGGCCAGCGCGGCUCCGCCUUCAACCUCACCGUGGAGUUCGCUCCCAUAAUCCUCUUGGAGUCAAAGUGCACGGCGGCUCGGGACACGGUGCAGUGCGUCUGCGCCGUGCUGGCCAAUCCGGAGCCCGUGAUCUCCUUCGAGCUGCCCACCCGGAACGUGACGGUCAACGAGACUGACCAGGAGUUCGUCUAUUCCCAGAAGACGGGCUACACGGUCACCAGCAUCCUGACGCUGCGCGGGGAGCUGGACUCGCAGCUCUUCAUCGUCUGCUCCGCCCGCAACCUGUACGGCACCAAGAACCAGCAGCUCCAGUUCCACCACUCCAACAAUCUGAUGUGGGCGAAGGUGGGGCCGGUGGGCGCUGUGGUGGCCUUUGUGAUUCUCAUCGCCGCCGUGUGUUACGUGAGUCAGACGCGGAAAAAGAAAAAUGUGAAUGAAAACUCCAGUUUCGUGCAGCUGGAGCACCCACCCGUGGCGUACAGCGGCGAGUACCGGCCCCCGGGGGCCCUGGACAAAUCCGAGUACGAGCGGCGCCCAGUCUCCGACAAACGCCUCCUGAACAAGCCCGAGGGCUCCCUGGACCUGAAUGUGGACUACGCCAACAUUGACUUCACCAAACUGGCCACCAAGGACAGCUACACCCUGACGGAGGAGCUGGCGGAGUAUGCAGAGAUCCGGGUCAAGUGAGCGCCCCAGGCCCCCCCCCCAGUGACACGCCCUCUGCCACGGAAACCACGCCCGCCAGAAUCAGGACCUGUCUGUGCCCCCAAAUCACCAGGCACGCCCCCGCCAUGGAAACCCCAUCUACCAGGAUCAACCCCAUGCAGAGUGCAGGUCCUGCCCCGCCCACUACUGGCAGGACACGCCCCCUGCCAUGGAAACCCCACCCAUUGCCAUCAGGACCUCCGACUGAAUACAGCUGGGACAGGGACUGUCUCUCGCUGUGUCUGGGCAGUGCCUGGUGCAACGGGGCUGUGAUCUCAGCUGGGGCAGGGACUAUCGCUUGCUGUGUGUCUGGGCAGUGCCCCAUAUCCUGAUGCCCCUUCUUUGACAGCCCUAUGGCUGGUUAUGUGGGUCUGGCCCUGCACGGGGACCCAGGAGACCUGCAGUUUAAAUCCCACCUGCGCUACAGAUUUUGUGCUACCUUGAGGUAUGUCCUAACCUCGCUGCGUGCCUCAGUUUCCCCACAAUCUCUUAACUUCCCCUGUGCACAAUGUGGCUCAUAAUUCCCUCCCACCCCGGGCUUUUGUGAGGCUAAAUUUGGAACCGAUUGGGAGGCUCAACCAAAGCCCUGUUGAACCAUUAAUGACCCCGCUGAGCUGUCUCUGUAGGAGCCACGCAAGUACCUGCCUAGAUCCUCCCUAAACCCAUCCAGUCCUUGUUCUAAUCCCCCCAGGCUGUCUUUGCACGUGCCGAGGGAACAAGAUCCGUCUCCUGCUGCGUAAAGACUUGUCUAUGGUACAAAGCUACUUAGACCAGCACCACCAUCCCCAGCCAGGAAGGGGAAUAACUAUACUGGGAUCAGCCCCGUCCUACCGGGAUAACGGCCCCCACGGCUGUACUGGUGUAGGCAGAUCAGCCCUGUCCUACCGGGAUAACGGCCCCCACGGCUGUACUGGUGUAGGCAGAUCAGCCCCGUCCUACCGGGAUAACGGCCCCCACGGCCGUACUGGUGUAGGCAGAUCAGCCCCGUCCUACCGGGAUAACGGCCCCCACGGCUGUACUGGUGUAGGCAGAUCAGCCCCGUCCUACCGGGAUAACGGCCCCCACGGCUGUCCUGGUGUAGGCAGAUCAGCCCUGUCCUACCGGGAUAACGGCCCCCACGGCUGUACUGGUGUAGGCAGAUCAGCCCUGUCCUACUGGUAUAACUAGAUCAGUAGAAAAUCACACGUCUAAUUGACAGUUAUUCUGGGGGGAAAAUCUCUGGGUGGCUCAGAUGUAAAUCGGGAGCCCGAAACCCCCCACAGCUGUAAUCUGUGUUUCCCACUGGGAUAAACAGGUGCUCAUGGUCUGGGUCCGACCCCCUGGAAUUUUAUGCUCCACUGGCACCAGCCAUCGGGGGGGGGGGGGAAUUUAUAACAAAUCGUCAUUUAUUUUUGGUGCCAUUUUUGUACAGAUAUUUGCCUGAUGAUAGAAAACGAAAUAAAUAAAAAGCCCCAACUAACAAGGUCAAAGCUCUCUAACCAGCGCUUCCUUCUGCCCAGAAACCGCCCCCUAAGCUUGUUAACCCUUCCAGGCACCCGGAUCUAGGCUCUAUUUAUUGAUUAGCUGGAUGUGACAUGAUUAGACGUUAAAUAAAACACGGCCCUGGUAUGAUAACAAUAAGGCCCCUUCGCAGAGCUCUGGCAGGCAAAGGAACCACGUGCAUGACGUUGACAUGAGGGCUGGGUGGGAAGGAUCCAGGGGCCUCGCGAGGCAGCCAGCUGCCCGCGCUGAUGCAGAACCAGGUAACCCC